AUGGCGAAUAUUUGCUGGACAAACGAAGAGAUGAAUCAACAUAGUGCCACCUCCUCCGAGGAGUCGAAACCACUCUUGAAAAACAACACAGGAUUCGCCAUGGUAUGGACUCCUGAAGAGCAAACAAUUCUAGAUAAUGCCCUAAUCCGAGAAGCUGAAAACACAGCUAAAAACCAUUCCUCGGAGUCGUGUGUAUUACGUUACGCGAGAAUCUCGUUAGAGUUUCCACAAAAGACAGCAAAAGACAUUGCUAUGCGUUGCAGAUGGAUCAAUGAAUUGAAAAGAGUGACUGAGAGUUCAAACUCAGCUCCUCAAGAUCCGGUCAUCGAUGAGGUUAUUAACCAAAACGAGAAACUGCUUUCUCAGAUUUUUGAUAAUCUCUCGUACCCCUCAAAGCUUGUAGAAAACCUUACGCUGUUCAAGAAAGCCCGUGAAAACAUGAUGAAACUUUUGGACAAGCUCAAUGAGAAUGUAGCCGACCAGAUGAAGCAUAUGCCACCAUUGCCGGAAGAAUUGAACGAUGAGCUAUUUGAUUUCAUCGUUCAAGAUCAAAGUCUACCAUAG